UUAUUAUUAUUAUUAUUGGGCUUAAUGGCUUUCAGUGAAUGUCAAUCACUGCAAUGUCCUAAAGUACGAACGACUAGUGGUUGGUUAGAUCUGUUUCCCAUUCCAUGUAGAAAAAAUAACGAAUGCGCCGUAAUGGGAAAACAGCAUCUUUGUUGCAAAGGAUUUUGCACCAGAGGGAUUAAAGCAGCAGCAUUACGAACCACGGAGGCGAGUAGUGUAGAGCCCAGUAGUACAAGCACAAGCACAAGCACUAGCACUACCACUAGUACUACCACCACCACUACCACUACUACAACUACUACAACUCCAAGUACCACCAGCUCGACGACUACGACUACCACAACUCCGAAGCCAACUACGACGACUUCAACAGAAGCACCGCGCCCUUUUCUACAAUUACUGCCCAUACAAACAACGCCAAAGGCUGUACCAUCUAAAAUAGGAAAUACACAGAAACUAGUGUGUCCGAAGAACCCGACUUCGAUACUGUUCCCAAUUCCUUGUGAAAAGAAUUCACAGUGUCGUGCUAGCAGCGGGCCCGGGCAAGUUUGCUGUCAAGGCCAGUGCGUGAAAGGUGUACCAGCACCGCGGCCCACCGUAAAAGAACAAUCACACCAACCAUUACUUGGUGUGAUCCCUCGUGAAUGUCCAUCGACGCCGCUUGGUGAACUUCUGUUUGAGGUGCAGACUUGCAAGACCGAUGCGGACUGCUGGCCGCGAGUGUGUUGUCCUGAUGGCAAUCGGUCUUAUUGCCGUACAGGACGCGCUCGCCUCGACCUCGUACCCGUCGCCAACAGGAUCGAAGCUCCGGUCCGUAUGUUUGAGUCGUACUUGCAAUGUACACCACCACCACAGUUCGAUUCAUUCCCACAACGGUGCAGUUCAAGUGUCGACUGCUUCCCCAAUUUAUGCUGUGCAGAGGGCGGUAAAAAACAUUGUCGGCCGCCACAGAGAAGUCUCUUUGCGCUUCUUACCGGCGCUGCCGUCAGAUUUGGUUGAUGCUGCUGAAACUCGAUGAAGAGUAGGUGUGAAUAUGUGUACAUAGCUUAUAUACAUCUUGCAGAGUAACCAUAACUCUUUUUUAUACUUAUUUCAAAUUAUGUAUUAAUUUUAUUUAUAAUAAAUUUUCUUUAAAAAAUGUUUA